AUGACCAAUCACAUUGAGAUUCCAACAUCUGACGGAAACCAUAUCAGCUUAGAAGAAAUUCCAAAAACAUGCUGGACAAAACACUGCAAUCGUCUGAGAAGGAACCUUCUCCUGAUCUUGACAAUAGCAGGUGUGAUCUUGGGCUCUGUGUUUGGCAGUCUUCUUCGGAUGCUUCCACCCUUGGACGGUAAUGUUCUGAUUCUUAUCUCCUUCCCAGGAGACAUUCUCAUGCGGAUGCUGAAGAUGUUGAUAUUGCCACUUAUCAUCUCCAGCUUGAUUUCUGGUCUCGCUGGACUUGAUGCCAGGUCUAGCGGUCGAAUGGGAACCCGUGCCAUGGUUUAUUACAUGUCAACAACUAUCUUAGCAGCAUUGCUUGGGGUCAUUUUAGUCCUCUCAAUCCACCCUGGUAACCCCAAGCUGAAGAAGCAAGUUAGUGUUUCAGCAAGAAAUGAAGAGGUUUCCAGCAUAGAUGCAUUUCUGGAUCUCAUCAGAAAUCUGUUCCCAGAGAACUUAGUCCAAGCAUGUUUUCAACAGAUUCAGACUGUAUCCAAGAAAGUCCCAGUGGCUCCUUCACUAUUUGAGGAAAUCAAACCUAUAAAUGUUACCGGCGUGUCUGUCAACGCAUCUCUGUCCAAUAGCAGCAUGACCGAAAUAAACAGCAGUCCCAUCAUGGUGACCCAGAAGAAACUGGAAUUCAAGGGCGGCAUGAAUGUCCUUGGUCUCAUUGGAUUCUUCAUUGCAUUUGGCAUUUCAAUGGGAAAAAUGGGGGACCAAGCCAAGCUCAUGGCUGAUUUCUUCAACAUCCUUAAUGAAAUCAUCAUGCGACUGGUCAACAUGAUUAUGUGGUAUUCUCCUUUAGGCAUUGCUUCUCUGAUUUGUGGAAAGAUUGCAGCCAUCAAGGACCUUGAAACUGUGGCAAGACAGCUAGGAAUGUACAUGGUCACGGUCAUUGUGGGACUGGUCAUUCAUGGAGGGAUGAUCUUACCUCUUAUAUUUUUCUCAAUCACAAGGAAAAAUCCCUUUUCAUUCUAUGGAGGUAUAUUCCAAGCAUGGAUUACUGCUCUAGGGACAGCUUCAAGUGCUGGUACCCUCCCUGUGACAUUUCGAUGCUUAGAAGAGAACCUGAAGAUUGAUAAACGAGUCACACGUUUUGUUCUGCCCAUCGGAGCUACCAUUAAUAUGGAUGGCACAGCCCUAUAUGAGGCAGUGGCUGCCAUAUUUAUUGCUCAGAUGAAUGGAAUAACCCUAGAUGCAGGACAAAUAGCAACAGUCAGCAUGACUGCUACAUUGGCCAGUGUAGGAGCUGCAAGUAUACCUAGUGCUGGCCUUGUCACUAUGUUACUCAUCUUGACUGCCGUGGGGCUUCCAACCCAGGAUAUUAGCCUACUGAUAGCAGUGGACUGGCUUCUGGAUCGCAUGAGGACAUCAAUCAAUGUUGUAGGGGACUCAUUUGGAGCUGGUAUUAUCUAUCAUCUGUCAAAAGCAGAACUUGCAGCUAUAGAUGCUAAACACGAAGCCAAGGAUGGGACAGAUAUGGUGAAGCUGAAUAUUAUGAAUCAUGAAGUGGUAAAGAAGCCCCUUAGAGAAGGCAUUGGUACCCAACCCUUUUUAGGCUAUGCCUCACUACCUACAGAUGAAUAUGAGGUACAAGUAGAGGAAAACCUCUCUCUGCAUCUUUAGUUUUCUUUCUUUAAAACUGCACAUUCUGAUUGUUCAGAUAUUAUCACAUUAAUCCCACUGUUGCUGUCAUUUAAGCAGAAUAUAAUAUUUCCAUCUAAAAUAUACCCAUUGUUUGCAAAAUUAAAAUGUCUUUUCCAGCUAUUGCA